GGAACAAGGAGGCGGAGACCUGACGUUUUUGUUACUUUCAAUUUCGGUGCUACUACUCCAACAAGUACCACUCCUCGCUUGAAACAGCACUUUUAGCUUGUAACGCGUCUGAAAUGAUGGAUUUUGCUUUGAGCUGACCUCCUUUACAGAUGUCUGUUGGAUCUAGCUCAACACUUCCUCGUUUGUUCCGUUGAAGCGACGCAAUGUGCGGGCAUCAUGGACGCCUGGCUGCUGGCUGGCUGGCGGUUGUCAUUGUGGCCGCCGUGUCCGUGGACUCGAAGGAAGUCUACGGGAAGGUGGGUGGGGAAGUUGCCCUCUCACCAGUGGAGUCUGUACCCACUUCCAUCACCAGCAUCUACUGGAAAGAGGGUCCUGACCUGGCCAUCAACUGGGAUUUUGGGGACGAGGCUCCCACUCCAUAUCGUAAAUUUAAAGAGCGCGGCCAGCUGAACACCGCCACCGCAGUGAUGACCAUCAGAGGUCUGACUUUAAAUGACAGCGGCGUGUACACACCAGAGAUCAACAUUCAACCGGGCACUCCACUUCACCUCAGAGUGAUCUCUGGGGUCCCUGUACCUGAGAUUAAAGCCUCCUGUCCAAAGGGGGGGAGAACAUGCGAACUGAUCUGCGAUGGAGAUACAGAAAAAGCGGGACCCGUCAACUACACAUGGAAGUUUGAUGAUGAAGUGAUGCCAUCUCCCCCUGGGAAAAGUUUCCCCAUAAAUCUCUCUCAUAUGGACAUUUCAAGUGUAAAAAUGUUCAGCUGUGAGCUGCACAAUCCAGUCAGUACAGAGAGCAGCAAACCCAUCCCCAACAAGCUCGUCAGUGCCAGCGAAAAGACAAAUAAUCCGAGAAUUUCCACUGGGGUGACGGUGUUCAUCUGCCUGCUGCUCCCUUUGCUGCUGCUGGCGUUGUUGCACAAAUGCAAAACUGGGAUGUGGUUCUUUGAAAAACCAUCAAUGCCUUGGGAAGGAGACUUCUGGAGGAGGAAUGAGCGGCAGCAGGGUGAUGGUAAUGAAUCCAACGGAACAACUAUGAGACAGAGGGAGGAGCCAGAUGAGGAAACGCCAAUAAAAUAGAGAGGCGGACACUGCCCGUCAGGACCUGAAACCAGACCAUCAUCCAGCCUCUUCCGAAACUGAAAUAGGAACUCCAAAAGGUGGAAAAUCCCAACAAGUACACUAAAGCCCACGAUUGGCAAAAAAAAGAUAUUUAGAAUAAAUGAUGUACAUUAAGGUAUAUCAUUGCUUUGAAAACUAAAAAAAGUGACAAAUCAAAAUCAGGAUGAAUUCAGGUCCCAGUCUUACUAAUCUUUUCAGCAAGAGAAUCAAUACUUUUAAACAUUCUUCCGUACAACAAAGGGAAAAGUGGAUGAGCGUGCAGUGAAGAGGACUGUCGUUUAACCAGGAGCCCAGGACUAAGGGGAACCUGGGUAGCACACUGAGCGGACUUUCCUGAGCUUUUGCGAGAGUUUUUUCAAAGACUGACAACUCUGAAACAAUUCCAGGAAGCCCAGCAAAGUGCCGCUUCCUGUUAUGGACCACAUAUCUGACACUAGCUGGUACCUCAGAGUCUCCAAACGGAGGCGGUGGAUGCGUCGGGAUCCAAGGCGGGUCUCGUGCAGCCUCGGUGAACUAAACUGACCAUUGUGUGGUUGGAGCCGCCAGCUCUACCAACAAUUAAAGCCUUGUAAAGCUCUGCUGACCGUAGACACUACAUGUAUCGGUGCUGGUUUGUGGCAAAUAUGCAAACUUGCAAAACCACUGUUGAAUUUAGAGCUUAAUUUCUUUGCCAUGGAUGUCCUGCGUAAUACGACUGGCUUUUCACUCAUGGUAAAUACUUUAGCUGGACCUCUGAAGAGAAUAGAUGUUUUUGCACUUCAUUCCCUUCACAACAUUUUUAAAUUACCAACUUAGGAAUGUUUUAAACCCUGCUGUUACAGGACUGCAUAACGUACAGCAUUAGUCACAAAAAUAUACACAGAUAAAUAUAAAUAUCUAAAUUGGAAAAAAAGUCCCAUAAAUAAUAGAUCUUUUUUUAAAACACGAAAGGCACUGGGAUGUUUUUACUUUUGGCUUUGUAUUUAUUGUGGUUUGAUAAUUAAAGAAACAAAGAAUGUGGCUCUACAAAGGGCCUUUGAAAUCACUGCACUGUCUCAAUAAAAGCAACUGAU